AUGUCUAAAAUUGACAGUUAUCACGUAAUGAUAGUCUCGAAGUACUUUGACACAAUCAAAGACUUUAUUAACUUGGAGUUGGUAUGCAAGAAGUUUGGUGAUACUAUGGAAAAGUUCCAUUUCAACCCGAUUCCGUUAAUUUUUAAAACACUUGGAUAUUUCUCAAACAUUGAGACACUUCACUUGUGGAAUAGAGAAGAUGAAACCUUUGGCAAUGGAUUUCUAAUCAAAAAAUUACAAAAUGGAGACAACGAAGAUAUACCUGUAUUUAAGAAAGCGUUUUAUAAAAUCAUUGUGUGGUUUAAUGUUGAUUUUGAAACUGUUGACCAAAACAAAAGUCGAAACAUCGAGUUCAAAAAUGUGACGUACACUCGAGAUGAUCGAGAGAAAUUUGGUAAUAUCAUACCUUCAAGUGUAACAUCAAUUGGCGAAAAGUGUUUUAAUUGGUGCAGCUAUUUGAGUAAUAUUACGAUACCAUUAAGUGUUACAUCAUUUAGCGAUUGGUGUUUUAUUGGAUGUAGUAGUCUCAGCAGUAUGAUUAUACCAUCGAAUGUCACAUCAAUUGGUGAUUAUUGUUUCAGUUAUUGUAGUAAGCUAAGCAGUGUUGUUAUACCAUCGAAUGUCACAUCAAUCGGUGAUUAUUGUUUUUAUGAAUGUAAUAAUCUAAGCAGUGUUACAAUAUCAUCUAAUGUGACAUUAUUUGGUAGUUAUUGUUUUCCAUCAAACACAAUUGUUCAACAAUGUUAUUGA